AUGCGCCGCGUCCUCCGGCUGCUUCUCGGUUGCUUCCUCACCGAGCUGUGCGCCCGCGUGUGCAGGGCGCAGGAGCGAGCGGGGUACGGGCAGCUGGCGCAACUGGGCGGCGUGCUGGUGCUAACGGGUAGCAACCGCUCUGGGGCUGCCUCCGGGGAGGUCGGCGAGGGCACGGGGGUCUCGGACGCGCCCCCGACCCGGGCACCCACGCCAGACUUCUGCCGGGGCUACUUCGAUGUCAUGGGCCAGUGGGAUCCGCCGUUCAACUGCAGCUCGGGCGACUUCAUCUUCUGCUGCGGGACUUGUGGCUUCCGGUUCUGCUGCACGUUUAAGAAGCGGCGACUGAACCAGAGCACCUGCACCAACUACGACACGCCGCUCUGGCUCAACACGGGCAAGCCCCCAGCGCGCAAGGACGACCCCCUGCACGACCCCACCAAGGACAAGACCAACCUGAUCGUCUACAUCAUCUGCGGGGUGGUGGCCGUCAUGGUGCUCGUGGGCAUCUUCACCAAGCUGGGGCUGGAGAAAGCGCACCGGCCCCAGAGGGAGCACAUGUCCAGGGCCCUUGCAGAUGUCAUGAGGCCCCAGGGCCACUGCAGUACUGACCACAUGGAAAGAGACCUUAAUAUUGUUGUCCACGUCCAGCAUUAUGAAAACAUGGACACGAGGACCCCCAUAAAUAACCUUCAUACCACCCAGAUGAACAACGCAGUGCCCACUUCUCCUCUGCUCCAGCAGAUGGGCCAUCCACACUCAUACCCCAGCUUGGGCCAGAUUUCCAACCCCUAUGAACAGCAGCCUCCGGGCAAAGAACUCAACAAGUACGCCUCCUUAAAGGCAGUCGGAAGUUGUGAUGGUGACUGGACGGUGGCGACACUUAAGUCACCCAAAGCCGACAAGGCCAGUGACGACUUCUACUCCAAGCGAAGGCAUCUGGCCGAGCUGGCUGCCAAGGGCAACCUGCCCCUGCACCCCGUGAGAGUGGAGGACGAGCCGCGGACCUUCAGCCCCGAGCACGGGCCCACCAAGCAGAACGGACAGAAGUCCCGUCCCAAUAAGAUGCCCCCACACCCGCUGGCCUACAACUCCACCACCACCACCACCACCACCACCAACUUUAAGGGCUGGGACCCCAACGAGCAGUCCCUCCGGCGGCAGGCCUAUGGCAACAAGGGCAAGCUGGGCACGGCCGAGUCUGGCUCCAGCGACCCGCUGGGGACUCGCACCCAACACUACCCACCCCCACAGCCAUACUUCAUCACCAACAGCAAAACAGAAGUGACUGUCUGA